AUGAUAAAGGAGAGCUACAGUUUGGAGGUUUGCGAGUGCACAUUUUCCCGGAUUACAGAGGAGGAAACUCCGAGAGGUGUAGAUACAGGCUGCACCUCCUGCUGCACCUCCUGCUUCAUCCUGACCAACACAGAUACAGGCUGCACCUCCUGCUUCAUCCUGACCAACACAGAUACAGGCUGCACCUCCUGCUUCAUCCUGACCAACACAGAUACAGGCUGCACCUCCUGCUUCAUCCUGACCAACACAGAUACAGGCUGCACCUCCUGCUUCAUCCUGACCAACACAGAUACAAGCUGCACCUCCUGCUUCAUCCUGACCAACACAGAUACAGGCUGCACCUCCUGCUUCAUCCUGACCAACACAGAUACAGGCUACACCUCCUGCUUCAUCCUGACCAACACAGAUACAGGCUGCACCUCCUGCUUCAUCCUGACCAACACAGAUACAAGCUGCACCUCCUGCUUCAUCCUGACCAACACAGAUACAGGCUGCACCUCCUGCUUCAUCCUGACCAACACAGAUACAGGCUGCACCUCCUGCUUCAUCCUGACCAACACAGAUACAGGCUGCACCUCCUGCUUCAUCCUGACCAACACAGAUACAGGCUGCACCUCCUGCUUCAUCCUGACCAACCCAAAUACAAGCUGCACCUCCUGCUUCAUCCUGACCAACACAGAUACAGGCUGCACCUCCUGCUUCAUCCUGACCAACACAGAUACAGGCUGCACCUCCUGCUUCAUCCUGACCAACACAGAUACAAGCUGCACCUCCUGCUUCAUCCCGACCAACACAGAUACAGGCUGCACCUCCUGCUUCAUCCUGACCAACACAGAUACAGGCUGCACCUCCUGCUUCAUCCUGACCAACACAGAUACAGGCUGCACCUCCUGCUUCAUCCUGACCAACCCAGAUACAAGCUGCACCUCCUGCUUCAUCCUGACCAACCCAGAUACAAGCUGCACCUCCUGCUUUAUCCUGACCAACACAGAUACAGGCUGCACCUCCUGCUUCAUCCUGACCAACACAGAUACAGGCUGCACCUCCUGCUUCAUCCUGACCAACCCAGAUACAAGCUGCACCUCCUGCUUCAUCCUGACCAACCCAGAUACAAGCUGCACCUCCUGCUUCAUCCUGACCAACACAGAUACAGGCUGCACCUCCUGCUUCAUCCUGACCAACACAGAUACAGGCUGCACCUCCUGCUUCAUCCUGACCAACCCAGAUACAAGCUGCACCUCCUGCUUCAUCCUGACCAACCCAGAUACAAGCUGCACCUCCUGCUUCAUCCUGACCAACACAGAUACAGGCUGCACCUCCUGCUUCAUCCUGACCAACCCAGAUACAAGCUGCACCUCCUGCUUCAUCCUGACCAACCCAGAUACAAGCUGCACCUCCUGCUUCAUCCUGACCAACACAGAUACAGGCUGCACCUCCUGCUUCAUCCUGACCAACACAGAUACAGGCUGCACCUCCUGCUUCAUCCUGACCAACACAGAUACAAGCUGCACCUCCUGCUUCAUCCUGACCAACACAGAUACAAGCUGCACCUCCUGCUUCAUCCUGACCAACCCAGAUACAAGCUGCACCUCCUGCUUCAUCCUGACCAACACAGAUACAAGCUGCACCUCCUGCUUCAUCCUGACCAACCCAGAUACAAGCUGCACCUCCUGCUUUAUCCUGACCAACCCAGAUACAGGCUGCACCUCCUGCUUCAUCCUGACCAACACAGAUACAGGCUGCACCUCCUGCUUCAUCCUGACCAACACAGAUACAAGCUGCACCUCCUGCUUCAUCCUGACCAACCCAGAUACAAGCUGCACCUCCUGCUUUAUCCUGACCAACACAGAUACAGGCUGCACCUCCUGCUUCAUCCUGACCAACACAGAUACAGGCUGCACCUCCUGCUUCAUCCUGACCAACACAGAUACAGGCUGCACCUCCUGCUUCAUCCUGACCAACACAGAUACAGGCUGCACCUCCUGCUUCAUCCUGACCAACACAGAUACAGGCUGCACCUCCUGCUUCAUCCUGACCAACACAGAUACAGGCUGCACCUCCUGCUUCAUCCUGACCAACACAGAUACAGGCUGCACCUCCUGCUUCAUCCUGACCAACACAGAUACAAGCUGCACCUCCUGCUUCAUCCUGACCAACACAGAUACAAGCUGCACCUCCUGCUUCAUCCUGACCAACCCAGAUACAAGCUGCACCUCCUGCUUCAUCCUGACCAACACAGAUACAAGCUGCACCUCCUGCUUCAUCCUGACCAACCCAGAUACAAGCUGCACCUCCUGCUUUAUCCUGACCAACCCAGAUACAGGCUGCACCUCCUGCUUCAUCCUGACCAACACAGAUACAGGCUGCACCUCCUGCUUCAUCCUGACCAACACAGAUACAAGCUGCACCUCCUGCUUCAUCCUGACCAACCCAGAUACAAGCUGCACCUCCUGCUUUAUCCUGACCAACACAGAUACAGGCUGCACCUCCUGCUUCAUCCUGACCAACACAGAUACAGGCUGCACCUCCUGCUUCAUCCUGACCAACACAGAUACAGGCUGCACCUCCUGCUUCAUCCUGACCAACACAGAUACAGGCUGCACCUCCUGCUUCAUCCUGACCAACACAGAUACAGGCUGCACCUCCUGCUUCAUCCUGACCAACACAGAUACAGGCUGUUUGUGCACAACAAUCAGAGGCAUUGACCAUGUCCUAAAAGCAGUAAAGAUGGCCGCUGUGAGCAGUGACCCGCUGCAGAUGCCGGCUCUGGGACGUCCCUUCAAUCUGGGGAUGUUGUACGACGCCAGAACAGACAAACUGAUCCCAGGCAUUACCCUCUGGGACCAUGAGAAGCUGAAGGAGGACAUGAAAGAGAGGCUGCAGCCCAACAGUGAGUUUGAGAUCGUGGCAUCUGAAUCCAUCUCAGACAAGUCCUCGUCUCUGGGAGUGGACGCUGCUCUGAAGGCCAGUUUCUUCUGUGGAUUUAUCAAGGUCGACGGCUCGGCCAAAUACCUGAAGGACACGCGAACAUCCAAACAACAAGCGCGAGUCACUCUGAAGUACAAAACCACCACACGCUUCAGAGAGCUGACCAUGAACCUGCUGGGCACAGGAAACAUCGAGCAUCCGUACAUCUUUGAAAAAGGUCUGGCCACACAUGUGGUCACUGCCAUUCUCUAUGGAGCUCAGGCCUUCUUUGUGUUUGACCGAGAAGUGUCAGACUCUGAAAACAUCCGAGACAUUCAAGGAAACCUGCAGGUGAUGAUAAAGAAGAUCCCCUGCAUCUCUAUCGAAGAACAAGGAGCUCUCAAAAUGGAGGACAAGGACGAAGAAAAAGUCAACAGGUUUUCCUGCAAAUUCCACGGAGAUUUCAAUCUGUCCCAGAGCCCAAUGACGUUUGAAGAUGCAGUGAACGUUUACAAGAACCUGCCCAAACUUCUGGGUCCAGAUGGAGAGAAGGCUGUGCCGGUGACAGUGUGGCUGUUGCCGCUCACCAAACUUGACUCUACUGCGGCUCAGCUGGUGGGGCAGAUCAGUGUGGGGCUGGUGUUUGAGGUAGAAAGAAUCCUGGAGCAUCUGGCCGACCUGGACAUGAGGUGUCAGGAUGUUUUAAAAAGUGCAGCGCUACAGCAGUUUGAUCAGAUAUCCACAAAGAUCAGAACCUUUAUGAGCUUGUGCUCACAGUUUAACCUGGAACUCCAGGGUAUUCUGGCUCAGAAACUCAAGGCGAUCCGUAAAGUAGGAGAGGACGAAAUAGAACUGGCUGAGAUUCUGAAAAAAAGAGCUGCUUCUCCAUUCAGCCGGGACUGUCUGAACCAGUGGGUCAGCUGCAAAGUCAAAGAGAUCAACCUCAUCAAAACAUUCACUAAUAUGAUGAAGCACACAGAAGUCCUCUCCUCUCAGGAGGAGCUGGAUGCCACUAACCACAGCAUUAAAUAUGCAGUUUGCUUUGUUUUCACCUCGCUGGAAACUGAAGAGGAAUAUCUCUCAGCUUUGGAUCAGUACUUAAAAGGUGUCAGCUUAGACCAGAACAGCCCUCGGCCCAAACACCUGGAGAAGCAGCAGUGGUACAGCAACAAAGACGUGCGAGAGGCCAUCAGGACCAAGGUGAAGCUCUUUGCAGACUUUGCAGAAGCCAACAAAGACAAUAAAGACGUGAAGUUUACAGCAGUGGCUUUUAAAGAUGAAACUCAUAAAGGAUCAACAAUCUACAAAUAUGAAGAGGGAUUUGAAGUUUGUUAUGACUUUGUGCCUCCUUCGAAGCCUGAAGUUAAAGUGGAUGUUGUUACACAUAACAGUGUGACUCUUCGUGUUAACGCCCCCACAUGGGGAGCAGAGGUAGUGACAGGCUACAGGCUAGAGUACAGAGAGAAUGAAGAGUCCAGUGUAAACAGAGAGUGGCAGCAGCAGUCUGUUGCUAUCACCGGUUUAACCACAGUCACUGAGCUGAACCCAGACACAGAGUACACCUUCAGAUUGAGGGCCAUCACUGAAAUAGGACAGGGGCCCAUGAAUGAACUCACCUACAAAACUUGUCCUACCCCAGAGGGCCCCAGAUGUAUUGCAGAUGAGGUGAGGAAAACCUGUGAAGUCCUGGAGACCAAAGGAUCUUUGCAGAUCCUGAAGGUUCCACUGCAGAAGGACGAAAUGAACAUUCCUGGCUGUGCACGGUUCAACUUCGGCUCUGAGGUUCCAGGAAAGAAAACCCGCACCAUAAUGAUGAUGGGAACCACUGGAGCUGGUAAAUCCACCCUCAUCAACGGAAUGAUCAACUACAUCCUGGGCGUGCAGUGA